GGGCGUGUCUACAUGGCGAAUUACAUCCACCGGCUGGUCGGUAGUUGUGUAGAGGUGCGGCAUUGAUGCGCAUGCAGUUACGAUGUUACAGCUAUGUCAUCGUUUUGCGCGUCUGGACGCCGUAGAAAAACACAAACAGUACAACAAGCGCCCAAGAUGAUGUCCCAGGCUGCUAUGCAGGCCGAGAAGGCCAUUGGCCACGGCGGUGAAGCUACCACGGCACAGGACGUCACAAACCCUGGCAACUCCGCAGAGUAUGCCGACCCUUCAGGAGAGAAGAUGAAAGCCCUGGCAUGGAUGGGCAAGAACAAGGUCGAGAUGAUCGAGUGCCCUAAGCCCAAGGUUAUGGAGCCUCGCGAUGUUAUUGUCAAGGUUACCGGAUCCACAGUUUGCGGUUCAGACCUGCACCUGCUUCAUGGCACAGUCGUUGAGCUCCAGAAGGGCGACAUUCUCGGACACGAGUUCUGCGGUGUCGUAGACGAGGUCGGCAGCCAAGUCACAAAGUUCAAGAAGGGCCAGCGCGUAGUCGCAUCUUUCCAGAUUGCUUGCGGUGAUUGCUUUUACUGCAAGCAGAAGCUCUCCUCACAGUGCGAGAAGACCAACGACAACACAAUCGAGAACGCCAUGUACGGUGGCCGCACAGCAGGCAUGUUCGGCUACUCCCACUUCACUGGUGGGUUUGCUGGUGGACAGGCUGAGUACACUCGUGUUCCCUACGGCGAUGUCAACCUCCUCCCUCUUCCCGAUGAUGUUCCUGAUGAGGAGGGUCUCUUCCUUUCCGACGUCCUCUGCACAUCGUGGCACGCCGUUGUCGACACAGGCGUGAAGAAGGACGACGUCGUCGCCAUCUGGGGUGCUGGACCCAUUGGACAGAUGGCCGCAGAGUUCUCGCUAUUGAACGGCGCAAAGAAGGUCAUCAUGAUCGACCAGAACUGGCGAUUGGACUUCAUUAAGAAGAACUACCCCCAUAUCGAGACGAUCGACUUCUCCAAGCUUGGCAAGGGCGAGUCGGUUACAAGCAAGCUCAAGGAGCUGGUCGACAACCGCGGUCCCGAUGUCUCCAUUGAGUGCGCGGCGGGCGAGUACGCAAAGGGCUGGGCGCACUACUUUGAGAUGAUGCUCGGUCUCGAGACCGAUACAUCUGAGCUCGUCAAUGAGAUGAUCACUAGCACAAGGAACUUCGGUAGCUGCGGUAUUACCGGUGUCUAUGUAGGCUUCACAAACCACUUCAACAUCGGCUCGCUCAUGGAGCGCGGUAUCCGCCUGAUCGGUAACGGACAAGCACCCGUUCACAAGUACUGGGAGUCUCUCCUCAAGAUGAUUCAGGAGAAGCAGAUCCACCCCUCGAAGAUGGUGACCCACCGCGUCAGUCUCGAUGACCUCGACAAGGUCUACUACAAGUUUGAGGAGAAGGCCGAUGGCAUGCAGAAGGUGUUCGUCGAGACCAAGUGGUCAUUCCCUGCGUCGCAGGGCUCGCCUGCUCUUACCAGGUAUUAGAGAGUACGCGCUGGUAAAAGCUUGAUGUUGUGAAGAAUGUAAAUAGUUAAUGAUACUCCAACGAAUGAUGUCAAC